AGUGCUAAGCACUGUUCCACUGUUCUUCGAAAAGUUGUCGACCGCGGUUUUGAAGUCCUUCAGGUACCAGUAAAACCUAAACUCAAAAACAUCAUCAUGUUCGUCUCGUCGGCUGCCCGCAUUGCCCCAGUUGCCCGAAGCCUGGUCCUCAAUGGAGCCAAGGCGUACAUCCGACCGGUGAGCAGCGCUAUCAUCUCGCAGAGCCAGACUCUCGCUGCCCAGAACACAGCUCCAGUUGCUUUGCUGCCACAGGUCCGGUCAUUCCAGACUUCCCCGGUCACCCGUGACAUCGAUUCUGCUGCCAAGUUCAUCGGAGCCGGUGCAGCCACGGUCGGUGUUGCCGGAUCUGGUGCCGGAAUCGGAACAGUAUUCGGAUCGCUGAUCAUCGGUUACGCAAGAAACCCAUCGCUGAAACAGCAGCUGUUCUCCUACGCUAUCCUGGGUUUCGCCCUGUCUGAAGCCAUGGGUCUGUUCUGUCUUAUGAUGGCUUUCCUGCUGCUGUUCGCUUUCUAAAUACUUAUCUCCAUAAUCGGACAAACCCGGUAAUCUUACAUGUAAUAGAGAAGCGAAGGAGAAACAACCCCAACAAAACAACACACGAACGACCAUUAGCCCUAUAUACCUUUUAAUCGUAUCGAUUCAAUCGCAAGGAGCACAGAGACAGAUAGGAUAGAUCAUUCGGCUUUAAACCGCCCUCGCCCGCCAAACCAUCUGAUUAGGAAGAACGGGAGAGAACCGAGCAGACAUUCUGGUAUUAUGCAUUAUAAGACACGCGGAAGAGCGCGAGCGCUGAAAAGAGGUUCUGGCGAGCAGCAACCCGUAUCUGCUAGAGUAUUGUUAUUGGUGCUUGGGGCAAGCAGUUGCUACCAACAUAAUUCUAAGGGCAAAGAAACGCGGCUCCGCUGCGUGUUGACAUCGAUAUGCGAAGAACUGUUUAGAGGUACUAUAGGCGAACAUUCAAUCACGAUAGGUACGAACAUCAACCUUACCGUUUAACGACAAGCGAGACUAGAGCAAGAUAUACAUCUUUUACGUCGGCCGUAAUUUGAAAUUGCGACCGAGAGAAGCUAUCUGAAGGAUCUCUGAACAACGAUUAUGACUAAAGGCAGUCACCAGGGAAAGAUGAGGAAGGGUUCGUGUAGGGCACCACUUAUGCAAACGAGAUCCACUGCCGUACGGGAAAGCCCUCCGGUUUGGAAUUUAUUUUUCAAAUUUCAAAGAUGCGUGCAUUUUUGGGAGGAUUUGCACGCAACGCUUGUGCGGAGGGUUUUCUACCACAUCGGGAUAGAGGCGCGCAACUACAACCCCCUUAUCUUUCUCUGUGUUUGAACAUCAUACCAUCAA